AUGUGGUUUCACUCGAGCGAUUUGGACAGGCUGUCGACAGAGGACCUUGCUCUUGACAGUAAAUGUGAGGACGUGGAGUCAAGAUCUUCAUGUAAUAACAUCAGAAUCAUAGGACUGCCGGAGGAGCGUAACCCUGUCAGCGCAGACUUGAUUUCCACCCUGCUUAAAGAUGCCUUCGGCCAGGAGAAGGAGCCGGUUGUGGGCCGGGCGCACAGAUCUCUACAGGCCAAGCCGAAGCCCGUGGUCCCUGCAAAUGAUCAACAAAUGGUGCUGAUUAAAGUAGAAGCUUCUGAAGAAUGGAUACCUGGUGUGGACCAGCCAGAUCCAAAACACCUCAACGUAAAAGAGGAAGAGGAGGAACCUUGGACCAGUCUGGAGGGAGACAAAGUUGUGAAAGAGGAGAUUGAUGUCACCAGGUUUUCAGUCACAGCAGUUCCUUUUAAAAGUGAAGAUGAUGACGAGAAGCCUGUGUUCUCACAGCUACAUCAGCACCAAGUGAAGGACAGAGAUUUUCCAACCUGCAGCUCAGCUGGUCAGAAGGAAACAGCAUCUGAUGAAGAGGACUGUGGAGGACCUGAAUCUACCAGUAACCCAGAUGGAAAUACUUACAAAAACAGUUVCAGCUCUUCAGAGACUGAACUCAGUGAGGAUGAUAAAGAUGACGAGGAUGUGACCAAUCCUGACUCUCAGCUGAAGAAUUUAGUCCACACAGGAGAAAAACCAUUUCCUUGUGAUCUUUGUGGACAACGAUUUAGCCAAAAGUCUAAUUUAAACUCACACAUGAGAGUCCACACAGGAGAAAAACCAUUUCCUUGUGAUCUUUGUGGACAACGAUUUAGCCAAAAGUCUAAUUUAAACUCACACAUGAGAGUCCACACAGGAGAAAAACCAUUUCCUUGUGAUGUUUGUGGACAAAGAUUUCGUUUUAAAUCAAAUUUAAACACACACAUGAGAGUCCACAUAGGCGACAAACUAUUUCUUUGUGAUCUUUGUGGACAACGAUUUAGCCAUAAGUCAUAUUUAAACUCACACAUGAGAGUCCACACAGGAGACAAACCAUUUCCUUGUGAUCUUUGUGGACAAAGAUUUAAACAUAAGUCAUCUUUAAAGAAACACAUGAGAGUCCACACAGGACACAAACCAUUUCCUUGUGAUGUUUGUGGACAAAGAUUUAGCCAUAAGUCACAUUUAAACUCACACAUGAGAGUUCACACAGGAGACAAACCAUUUCCUUGUGAUGUUUGUGGACAAAGAUUUAGCCAAACGUCACAUUUAAAAACCCACACGAGAGUCCACACAGGAGAAAAACCAUUUCCUUGUGAUGUCUGUGGACAAAGAUUUCGUUUUAAAUCAAAUUUAAACACACAUAUGAGAGUCCACACAGGAGUCAAACCUUUUCCUUGUGAUCUUUGUGGACAAAGAUUUAGCUGUAAGUCAUAUUUAAACACACACAUGAGAGUCCACACUGGAGACAAACCAUUUCCUUGUGAUGUUUGUGGACAAAGAUUUAAACAUAAGUCAUCUUUAAAGAAACACGUGGGAGUCCACACAGAAGACAAACCAUUUCCUUGUGAUGUUUGUGGACAAAGAUUUAGCCAUAAGUCACAUUUAAAUUCGCACAUGAGAGUUCACACAGGAGACAAACCAUUUCCUUGUCAUGUUUGUGGACAAAGAUUUAGCCAAACGUCACAUUUAAAAACCCACAUGAGAGUCCACACAGGAGACAAACCAUUUCUUUGUGAUCAUUGUGGACAAAAAUUUAGAUGUAAGUCAUAUUUAAACUUACACAUGAGAGUCCACACAGGAGACAAACCUUUUCCUUGUGAUCUGUGUGGACAAAGAUUCAGCCAAAGGUCAUCUUUAAACUCACACAUGAGAGUCCACACAGGAGACAAACCUUUUCCUUGUGAUCUUUGUGGACGACGAUUUAGCCAAAAGCCACAUUUAAACUCACACAUGAGAGUCCACACAGGAGUCAAACCUUUUCCUUGUGAUCUUUGUGGACAAAGAUUUAGCUGUAAGUCAUAUUUAAACUUACACAUGAGAGUCCACACUGGCGACAAACCGUUUCCUUCUGAUGUUUGUGGACAAAGAUUUAGCCAAAAGCCACAUUUAAACUCACACAUGAGAGUCCACACAGGAGUCAAACCUUUCCCUUGUGAUCUUUGUGGAAAAAGAUUUCAUUUUAAAUCAAAUUUAAACACACACAUGAGAGUUCACUCAGAAGACAAACUGCUUCCUCAUGAUGUAUGCGGACAAAGAUUUAGUCAUAAAGCAAGUUAAACACAUGAGAAUCCACACAACAGAGAAAUCAAUUUCACUGUAAAUAUUAAAACAGCUUCUACAUGAGGUUCCACAGGAGUUAAAUGGAGGACUGAAAUUAAUAUAAUUAUUCAAGGGGCAAUAUUAUGUAUUUCUCAGGCAUAUUUUAGAUUCUUUACCAAAAUAAAGUAACUAUGUCACA